UAAGGCUCAGCCGGCCCCUCCGCGCAGCGCCGAGCGCCGGGGGAGGCGGUCUGCGAACGCCAGCCAGCUCCCACUCCCUGUCUUUGCAACUCUAGGUCGCCUCCUAAUUUAAAGCUUUGCACCAAUCCCCUUUGCCCGGAAAGGAGAGGAAAUCUAGAAAGAUGCCAAGCUGCGAAAAGGGACCCCAAUUGACAGCGCCGGUCCCAGGCGCUGCCUGGCUAAGCAGAGCCAAAGUUGGUGAGAGGAACGGGAAGCGGGUGCUCCAGAGAGGGGAAAGGAGGGGGAUCAUCGCUUGGUGAUCACAACCUCUCCGUCCCGUUGUCCCCUUCUUCUUCUUCCCUCACAGCUUACCUCUGACCACUUAGGAGGCCUUGAUGAGUUUCCAUCGGGAUCCGAUCCAAGGUGGGGGGGAGAAAGGGUGAUUGUUCCCAGAGGAAGCAGCUCACACAAGUUUGGGGGGUGAGACUCCCCGUGGAUGUUUAACGAGCACAUCGGGAGGCCCGCGAUGCCCGGGGGCAGCUGGAGACCCUCACCAGGACCUAUCCUCCUCGCACGGUAGAGAAUUUUGCUGGAGGAGAAUCAACAGAGCAACGGGCUCAAUUACAUCCGAGUUUCCCGUGUAAGACCUGUCAAGCAACUCCUAUCAUCACGUCUGUAAGUGAGUCUAAAUCAGUCUUUUAACAGGAACCAUUUCUUCUUGUGUAUGGACUGGGCUGUACUGAAGAGGUCCAGUGGAAAGGCUUGACUUGUUCUUCACUGGCUUGUGGGACAGCACUUCAUAUCUGGCAAUGGAUCAGAAGGACUGAAGAGCAUUUUUGAUCCCACCAAUGUUUCUUAGAGCUGCUAAAACAGGACCAAUGAAAAUGUUCACCAGACUCCAAGUCCUCGCCCUAGCUUUAUUUUCCAAAGGAGUUUUCCUUUCCCUAAGUGACCACAGUUUUGUCAGAAAGGAAAUUAAGAUAGAAGGAGACCUGGUCUUAGGAGGCUUAUUCCCAAUCAAGGAAAAAGGCACUGGGAUAGAAGAAUGUGGAAGAAUCAAUGAAGACCGAGGCAUCCAGCGCUUGGAGGCCAUGCUGUUUGCUAUUGAUGAAAUCAACAAAGACAACUACUUGCUGCCAGGAAUUAAGCUUGGAGUUCAUAUCUUGGACACGUGUUCCAGGGAUACAUAUGCCUUAGAACAGUCUUUGGAGUUUGUCAGGGCAUCUUUGACUAAAGUGGAUGAAACAGAGUACAUGUGCCCUGACGGCUCAUAUGCCAUCCAAGAGAAUUUGCCACUGCUCAUUGCAGGAGUCAUAGGUGGUUCCUACAGCAGCGUCUCCAUACAGGUGGCAAAUCUGCUCAGACUCUUCCAGAUCCCCCAGAUAAGCUACGCCUCCACCAGUGCCAAGCUGAGCGACAAAUCCCGCUACGAUUAUUUCGCACGGACGGUGCCCCCGGACUUCUACCAAGCCAAAGCCAUGGCUGAAAUCCUGAGGUAUUUCAACUGGACGUACGUGUCAACAGUGGCUUCCGAAGGAGACUACGGGGAGACCGGGAUCGAGGCCUUUGAGCAGGAAGCUCGGCUGCGCAACAUCUGCAUCGCCACCUCCGAGAAAGUGGGGCGCUCCAACAUCAGGAAGUCGUACGAUGGCGUGAUCAGGGAGCUGCUCCAGAAACCCAACGCCAGGGUGGUGGUGCUCUUCAUGCGAGGCGACGACUCCCGGGAGCUCAUUGCGGCCGCCAACCGCUUCAACGUGUCCUUCACCUGGAUCGCCAGCGACGGGUGGGGGGCUCAGGAGAGCAUCGUCAAGGGCAAUGAGCACAUAGCCUCCGGGGCCAUAACCUUGGAGCUCGCUUCCCAUCCGGUUAAAGAGUUUGACAAGUACUUCCAAAGUCUCAGCCCUUACAACAACAGGCGCAACCCCUGGUUCAAGGACUUCUGGGAGCAAAAAUUCCAGUGUAACCUGCAGAACCGGAAACCCCAUAAAAAGGCUUGUGAAAAGCACUUCACCAUCAACAGUUCCAACUACGAGCAAGAAUCCAAGAUCAUGUUUGUUGUGAAUGCUGUGUAUGCAAUGGCUCAUGCCUUGCAUAAAAUGCAGAGGACUCUCUGCCCAAACACCACCAAACUCUGUGAUGCCAUGAAGCAUCUGGAUGGCAGGAAGCUGUACAAAGAUUAUCUCCUGAAAGUAAACUUUACAGCUCCAUUCAACCCUCCCAAUGAUGCAGACAGUAUGGUCAAAUUUGAUGCCUAUGGAGAUGGGAUAGGACGAUACAACGUGUUCAAUUUCCAGUUCACUGGAGACAGAUACUCCUAUGUGAAGGUUGGUCAGUGGGCAGAAACACUGUCACUGGAGGUAGACUCUAUCCACUGGUCCAGGAGCUCCAUCCCUGUCUCCCAGUGCAGCGAUCCCUGUGCUCCUAAUGAGAUGAAGAAUAUGCAACCAGGAGAUGUCUGCUGUUGGAUUUGUAUUCCCUGUGAAACCUAUGAGUACCUGGCUGAUGAAUUCACUUGUGCAGACUGCGGGCCUGGAAAAUGGCCCACAGCUGACCUGACUGGCUGCUAUGACCUCCCAGAAGACUACAUCAAGUGGGAAGAUGCUUGGGCAAUAGGUCCCGUUACCAUCGCAUGCCUGGGCUUUAUUUGUACUUUCAUGGUCAUUGGAGUGUUCAUCAAGCACAACAACACACCCCUGGUCAAAGCCUCUGGCCGUGAACUGUGCUACAUAUUGCUCUUCGGGGUCUUCCUGUCUUACAGCAUGACUUUCUUCUUCAUAGCCAAGCCUUCUCCAGCCAUCUGCACCCUGCGCCGUUUGGGGCUGGGAAGUUCCUUUGCCGUCUGCUACUCUGCCCUCCUGACGAAAACGAACUGCAUCGCCAGAAUAUUUGAUGGCGUAAAGAACGGUGCUCAGAGGCCCAAGUUCAUCAGCCCCAGCUCUCAGGUGUUCAUCUGCCUGAGUCUCAUUUUGGUACAGGUGGUGGUGGUGUCUGUGUGGCUCAUCUUGGAGGCGCCAGGCACCAGGAGAUACACGCUUCCCGAGAAGAGAGAGACUGUCAUCCUGAAAUGCAACGUCAAGGAUUCCAGUAUGCUAAUGUCCUUGACAUAUGAUGUCAUCCUCGUGGUUUUAUGCACUGUGUAUGCCUUCAAAACCAGGAAAUGUCCAGAGAACUUCAACGAAGCCAAGUUUAUCGGUUUCACAAUGUACACAACGUGCAUCAUUUGGCUGGCCUUUCUCCCUAUAUUUUAUGUGACAUCUAGUGACUACAGAGUGCAAACCACCACCAUGUGCAUCUCUGUGAGUCUCAGUGGCUUUGUUGUGCUGGGCUGCUUGUUUGCACCCAAGGUGCACAUCAUCCUUUUCCAGCCCCAGAAGAACGUGGUCACUCACAGGCUCCACCUCAACAGGUUCAGUGUCAGUGGGACUGGGACCACUUACUCACAGUCAUCUGCCAGUAUGUAUGUGCCAACCGUGUGCAACGGGAGGGAAGUUCUGGACUCCACCACUUCGUCUCUGUGAUUGUGGCUCGUGGUUCAGUUCUUGAGUUUUUAGACUGUUAGGCAAAAUUUUGCACAUGUUGUGCACUCCAGAGAACACCAGAAAACAAAAGACAUCCAAGCAAAAUUAGUACCUUUUUUUAGAAACAGUGUAAUAAAUUAUUUUUGAGGAUUGUACAGUAUAUAGUGACGUUCUGGAACUUUUUAGACUGAUUUUAGCCCUUCUGUUGUUAACGGUUGUAAGGGACAUGUAAAUAACCAUGGUUCACAAUGUGCAUAGUCCUGCAGUAAGGGAGUGAUUGUUGCAAGCACAGUUGCAAUGUUAGGUGACUUCUUUCCUACGAAUUUUUUUUGUAGCUCCUUGUUGUAAUUAACUUAGACUGCAUUUCUAUGUUGUAUAUUACAGUUACCGUACGUGUAACAGAUUGGUUUUCUCAGCACAAAACAGCAGUAUUAAUGUAAAGGCACCAAUAAUAAAAAGAUAAAAGUUUUUCAG